AUGAAAUCAAAUUCAUUGUAAGUUUUAAGCAGCCUUGAAGUACGCACAAUCACAUGGUCCAGAGACACUCAUGGCCUCUUCGAUUAUGAGUCUCGCUCUACAACAAAGUCAAACUUCAAAAUCUCCUCCUCAUGCUCGAUUUUUCGAGCCAACCAAACUUGUUAUGCAGUUGCAGACGACACUAAAGAUAUCCAUGAAGGUCCAGAGCCUCUCCUCAGUAUCAGGAAAAAUCUUGGCACCUUCCUAGCCCAUCAAUUUGGAGAAUCCAAUGAAAAGCUCUGAUUUGUGGUCAAAUAUAUGAAAUCUAAUGGAUCCAAAGGACACAUCAUGCAUGAAGGUGACUGGCUGAAACUUGGAAGAGUCCGCUUUAGAGUCAAAAAAAUUUCUAUAAAUAAAGGCUCAAAUGUGGACAUUCCAGGCUUCCUGGGAGCAAUCCCAUCUGAUAUGGAAAACAUUGAGCAAGAAGAUUCAAACCAAGGCAACAAUCAAUGCAGGAUUUGCCUUUAUGAUAACAGUACCAAGGCAGACCCACUCAUUAGUCCUUGCAAAUGCUCUGGAACUAUGAAGUAUGUUCAUAUAAACUGCUUAAAAGAGUGACUAAAAAAUAAAGUGGCAACCAGACAGUCAGAAAGGGCAAUUUCCUACUACUGGAAAGACCUUGCUUGUGAACUCUGCAAGACAAAACUCCCCUCCUGCAUGAAUUUCGAAGGCCAAAAGAUAGAGCUUGUUAGUAUGGCUUAUCCUACGAAGUCAUAUAUGAUAAUUGAAGAUUAUCGCCCAGAAAGCAGACAAAGCCAUGGUUUGCAUAUCAUUUCUAUAGAAGAAGGCCAACUUGCUUUAAUAGGCAGAGGGCAUGAGUGUGAUGUCAAAUUAUCAGAUAUCUCUGUAAGCAGACACCACGCAAGAAUUAAACUGCAAAAUAAUCAAUUUAUUAUCGAGGAUCAGAAUAGUAAAUUUGGCACUUUAUUGCAGGCAAAGAAAACAAUACCAUUGUCAUCGCAUCAUGAUGUGACGAUCCAGGCAAAUCGAACAGUUUUGCAUAUGUCGUUAAAAGAGCCUUGAAACUGCGGGAUGUUUUGUAUGUGUCUUAAUAAGCAAGUCAUGCCUGUUGAAGAAAUUUCUUAUUUAACUCAGGAAGGGGGCAACUUUGAAGAGGAAGAGCCAGAAGAAAUCGAGGAAGACGAAGAGUCACAGGCAGUGGGCAUGUCUAGUUCUAUAAAUAGAGGGUCAGAUUCAGGGGCUGUACAAAGAUUGGUUUUUACUAUAAACGCUGAAAGAGCUGAAGAAGAAAAAAAAGAAGAAUCUAAGGAAGAAGAAAGAAAAGAAGACUUCGAGGAGCAAGUCAAGAUGAGUGAGCCGAAAGAGCAGAACAGCAUAGAAAUGGUCCAGAUUUAA